AUGGCAUACAGGAGUCGUGAAUGUAUUCGCAUUGUGUGGGACUCCAGAGAGGGCAAAUGGAGGUUCCGCCGGACGCACCAACUUCUACCGGAUCAUCCAUUACAAAUACCUGGACUGACUGGCAAAUUGGAAGCCUUACGCCGUCUGGAGCCGGAUGAGGCAGAGAAAACCUUGGGGGUCAUGUUGGCCCCAUUGGAAGAUCAACAUGCCCACGUCGCCCACCUCAAGAGUAUCGCCAAAAAGUGGGCUGAGCAAGUGCGAUUGGGGCAUCUACACAAAUACGAUGUCAUUCCCCUUAUCAAGACAACAGUGAUGAAAUCCCUGGAAUAUCCUAUGGUGUUAACUACACUGGAUGCUGCGACAUGGGUGUCAAUUAUGAGUCCUGUUCUUCAAGUGUCUAAACAUCUUGAGGUCCGGCUUUGCCACUUGUCCAACCGAACCAAAACUGGGGCGUAUAUGGAGGCUGCGGUUCAAGAACACCAACUUGAGACCGGCACCUCCUUUGGACUCUUCCAGCAGGACUAUAGCAACACGGCAAUUUUGGCGUCAGAUACUUGGCUCAAACGAGUCUGGAAAGAGUUGGAGGACUUGGAUAUCUAUGUUGCUCUUGACUCUCCUGUCCUCCCUCUCCGGUGCAAAGGCGAUGCCUUGCUCAUUGAGGUAUUCAUGGAGUUGGAAGUGGAUCAGGACGCUCUAAAGUGGCUCAACUGGUGCCGUAUGUUCCUCCAAGUUUGCACCGUCUCCGACAUCGUGACGGCCAAUGGCCGCAGCAUACGAGAGUCCAUGUGGCAUGGGGAACGUGACUACGCUCAUCGGAACACUACACUACUUGUCUCUGACGGACCCCAGCGCCUACUGCGUCAUCCUCUGGGCCCAUGGAUUGAUCCUCUUGACAACUGGAACUGGUUAUGGUCUUCUACCCAUGGAUUGUUCCACCGCCAGGGCCACGGGUGGCAACACUACCGUGACCGUCGCUCCUCCACACAAAGCAUUCAAUGGGACUUAUCCCGUUCUACGCAAUUGUCCAGGUGCAAACAACCACAUAACGAGCAUACCGACAACGGCGUCAGCUUCUUGCCAGCCCCCUUUUGGACCCAACCACUCCCAGCUGACUUGUGCCGAGCUACCGUCCACAUUACGCCUUUGCUAGGCACUCUAGCCCUCACCAGCAUUGGGACAGCACCGCUGCAGCCGCAUCACGACUCUCAACCGUCUUUGCUAGCCGCCUGGAUGGCCGCCUCGGCCAGGGUGACCGAGUAUGUUGGCUGGACCCCUGAAGAAAUUGAGAUUGAUGGCAACGAAAGCCUCCUUGCUGCAGCCCUACUUGAAGACCGGCUGUGUGUGAUCAGCGACGGUUCUUAUAAGCUCGGUCUGGGCAUGGCAGUGGUUCAACUGCUUCCAUGUAAGGGUGGCACAGAACGUAUUAUUGUUCGGUGCCAGACUCCAGGUCUAACUGGUGACCAGAGCGCGUACCGGAGUGAAUUAAUUGGCCUACUGGCCGGUAUCAUGGUUGUUGAUUGGCUCCUGGACCAGUGGGCCCCAACACUUCGACCACCACCCCGCGUUAGGAUUGCGUGCGAUGGAUUUUCGGCGUUGCUCAACACCUUUGGUGACAAUCGAGUCACACCGCAACAAGCCCAGUUUGACCUGGUCUCCUCUAUCCGGGAGGCACUUGCCCGCUCUAGGGCCUCGCGGGAACCUAGCCACGUGUACGGUCACCUUGAUACGGCGACAUCCUUUUCGUGCCUCUCUUGGUGGUCCAAACGGAAUGUGGAAGUGGAUGCGUGGGCGGUUGCCUAUCGCCACCAGAUCGAAGCUUCACACCGAUUGAUUGCACCUAACGCUCGUUUCUUUACCGAAUUGGCUGCCCGGUCCAACGGCGUCCGCCUGACAGGUGGCGCCAUCCGACCAGAUAUAUCCUUUUGGUACCUGAUUGACUUCAAGUGGAACCCCCAACUAGAAGACUUUGGAGUACCCAAUGGCGCUCACAAUCUUCUCUCCACAGGAGUGGGACCAGAUACUGUCCCCAGUGCUAUGGGCGGCACUGCCAAGGCUGGUAUCUGCCGCAACUUUCCUCGUGCUAUGGUCUACACCCCCAUUGCACUUCAAGGAGUGGGUGUCCCCCAUUGGUACGGCCUCCAAGUCAUCAAGCACUUAGACAUGCUACUUCGCCAUCCAGCCAACCAGACCAAAACGGGUGCCUUUGUGGAGGCAGUCCUUCAGACACAUCAGCUUGAGACCGGUACCUCCUGUGGCCUCUUCCAACAAGUCUAUUCCAACACCUCAAUCCUGGUCUCUGAUACGUGGGCCAAGCGGACCUGGAGGGAACUUGAUUCUCUCUCCAUACACCUGGAGUUUGAUUCUCCCUCCCUCCAACCACUGCACCAAGGGAACCAACUGUUAGUGGACCUGUUCAUUGACUCUUUGGUUGACCAACUUACAUUGAAGUGGCUCAACUGGUGCCGGAUCUUCCUCCACGCUGUCACUCUCUCCAAUAUUGUCAACGCUGAAGGGACAGCAAUCACUCUGAACGCAUGGAAAGGAAUAAGAGCAGACUACCGUGCUGACCGGUAUCAAUGGCCCUGUACUGCUCGUCCGUCUAAUCAGUGGUGA